CAGGUGACAGCGUCGAGCUUACUCAUCGGGAGACGCGGAAGGACGCGCGCAGGGACCGAGAGCGGCGCGCGGACAUGCGGCCCCAGGCGCUCCCGGCGCUCGGGCUGGCGCUCCCGCUGCUGCUCCUGCCGCUGCCGCCGCCCGCACCCUGCACCGCCCCCCCCGCGCCGCGCUUCGACGCCACCUGGGAGUCCCUGGACGCCCGCCCGCUGCCGGCCUGGUUCGACCAGGCCAAGUUCGGCAUCUUCAUCCACUGGGGGGUGUUCUCCGUGCCCAGUUUCGGAAGCGAAUGGUUCUGGUGGUAUUGGCAAGAGAAAAAGAUACCGACGUAUGUGGAAUUUAUGAAAAAUAAUUACCCUCCUAAUUUCAAAUAUGAAGAUUUUGGACCACUAUUUACAGCAAAGCUUUUUAAUGCGAGCCACUGGACAGAUAUUUUCCAGGCUUCUGGUGCCAAAUACAUUGUCUUAACUUCCAAACAUCAUGAAGGCUUUACCCUGUGGGGCUCAAAGUAUUCAUGGAACUGGAAUGCUGUAGAUGAGGGGCCGAAGAGGGACCUCGUCAAGGAACUUGAGGUUGCCAUUAGGAACAGGACUGACCUGCGAUUUGGACUGUACCAUUCCCUUUUUGAAUGGUUUCAUCCACUCUUCCUUGAGGAUAAGUCCAGGUCAUUCCAACAGCAACAGUUUCCAGUUUCUAAGACGCUGCCGGAACUCUAUGAGUUAGUGAACAAGUAUCAGCCGGAGAUCCUGUGGUCGGAUGGUGACGGACAUGCCCCUGAUAACUACUGGAACAGCACAGGCUUCUUAGCCUGGCUGUAUAACAAAAGCCCAGUUCGGGACACAGUUGUGACCAAUGACCGGUGGGGCUAUGGUACCAUCUGUAAGCAUGGCGGCUAUUACACCUGCAGUGAUCGGUACAACCCAGGACAUCUUUUGCCUCAUAAAUGGGAGAAUUGCAUGACAAUAGACAAGUUUUCCUGGGGCUACAGGAGAGAUGCUGGAAUUAAUGAUUAUCUUACAAUCGAAGAACUAGUGAAGCAACUUGUAGAAACAGUUUCAUGUGGAGGGAAUCUUUUGAUGAAUAUUGGGCCCACACAUGAUGGCACCAUUUCUGUAAUUUUUGAGGAGCGAUUGAGGCAAAUGGGGACCUGGCUAAAAGUCAAUGGAGAAGCCAUUUAUGAAACCCACCCUUGGAGGUCCCAGAGUGAUGAUGUUACCCCAAAUGUGUGGUACACAUCCAAACGUAAACAAAAAUUGGUCUAUGCUAUAUUUCUUGAAUGGCCCACAUCAGGACGUCUGUUUCUUAGCCAACCCAUAGCUACUCUGGGAGUAACAAAGAUUAAACUGCUGGGACAUGGACAGCCACUAAACUGGACUUCUUUGAAGCCAAAUGGCUUACUGGUAGAACUGCCACAUCUAACCUUGCAUCAGAUGCCCUGUAAAUGGGGCUGGGCUUUAGAAUUAACUAAUGUGAUCUGAUUUGCAGCAGAGAGGUUCAUGCUGCAAGUACAUUGAAGACUAGAAAAUACCACGUUUCUGUAAUCGUAGCACAUAGAGAAAGCAAUUGUAAAACUGGUCAAGGAAGUCAAGUAAUUAUUUAGGCAAUUCAGCCCUUUCCCCACUUACUCCUUAAUAUUUUUCCUAAAUCACCCAUGUAACUGUUUUAACUCUCUGGUGUACUUUGCCAUCAGAGGCUCUUCAUAUUGAAUUUAUUUCCAUGUGUGAUUACGAGGUGGAAAUUUUUGUUUUACAGUAGCUAGGAAUUGGUGGUGGUAAGGACUGACUGAACUGUGUCUCAAAUUCAUAUGUUGAAGCCCUAACCCCCGCUGUGCCUGUAUUUGAAGACAGAGCCCUUGAAGAGGUAACUAAGGUUAAAUAAAGUCAUAAAAGUGAGAACCUAA